AUGACCGAGGAGGCGAGGACGACGAACUGCAAUCGCACAAGAGACAAGUAUACAAUCCCUGCCCGCCCACCCAGGCGUCACAGCCGCGGCGGGCCCAGCCCCAGGUGGCUACGGUCACGGCUCGCGAAAGCGAGUGGCGAUCGGGGUCGACCUCAGAGAAGAUCCGUUUCGUUUCUUCCUUGUUUGAUUCUGAUCCACGACACCAAUCAUGGAGGGGUGGUCGCACUCCAAACGUCGACCGCCGCUGCCGCGCCGCGCACUGCCUCAUCCCAGCUCCACCACCCAGGUCCCACUCCCAGGCAGUUCAAGGUACUCGAGUGCGCGUUCGUUUUCGCUAAGUUAAGUGUUUUGGAAUUUGGACGCGUGAAUUAUGGUGAGCGGGACCUGCACUGCACUGCAUUCCUGCUGGAGGGAGAGAUCGACGUGUGGUCGGGCUUUGUGUGCGUGUCCUCUCACAAGACGUUGUUGGGUUCGACGUGGAUGCUGAUUCUUAUCCAAGACUUGUAUAAUUUGAUGAUGCCAACCACCAGUUUGCAGCUAGCUUCUCAGGUUCAGCCUUGUAGUGGAAAACUGGAGAGCCCUGGAUCAGUUGUUAACUCUACCACUACAAGGGACAAGAAGAAGCGAGACGGGAUGGAACCAUGGGAUGAAGAAUCAUUUGGUCUGAGAUGGUAUCUGUAUUUUGCGAGUUUGCUCGAAAUUUCUUGUACCUAUAAUAAAUCUAUAAUACAGGGAACAGCAGCAAGCCAGGAAGUUUGGGCUGGUUACAAGGGGAAAAAGCUGAGUGGGCCGUGUUCUUCCUGACGCAUGCGCCGGACUGGGAAGUAGCGCCAGAGCAAAACUAGCCCAGCCCAACUUUUUUUUUUUUUUUUGCGAAUACUUGUUUUAGAUAACUCAAUACCAGUGAAUAUGCGAGCAACAGCAAACUCGCAGUAGUGAGGUGCCUCCCUCUCUCAUUUGUUUCAGUAAAACGACGUA